UUCAUUUUUAUAUAUAUAAUAGAUAAAUAAUUAAUGUGCAUCAAAAUCAAGUGUAAUACUAGAACUUACAUCCUUUCAAAUUUGUAACAUGAUACAGAUGCUGGGUUUCUGGAUGGGGUAAGGAUAUGUUCGGCCCUGGAGGUAAUUACCAAGCGAUACAGAAGGCUGUGGAUGUGACAAUCUUGAGUGGCAAUGAGUGUGAGAAGCAGCUUCAGCUGACAAGGCUGGGACGUCACUUCACCCUGGACCAGGAGAGCUUCUUAUGUGCUGGCGGUGAGAAGGAUAAAGAUGCAUGUACGGGUGAUGGUGGAUCUCCGCUGGUGUGUGAGAAGGAAGGACGCUGGUGGUUGGCAGGUCUGGUAGCCUGGGGAGUCGGUUGUGCUCUGCCCAAUGUUCCCGGAGUCUACGUCAACAUCCCUGCCAUGAUUACUUGGAUACAUCAGUGCAGUACGUCAGUCUCCAGCAUACUCGCUCAGUGACACACUGAAAUUUUCACUUGUAUUUUAAGCAGUUAAUA